AUGUCGGAUAGUUCAUCGUUGGACCUCAGCAACAUCUCGUCUAGCCAGCGCGAAGAUUUGAUGAACAAAGUCAAAGUCGAGCUCGCGGUUGCCAACAUACGCGAACUCUUACAGCAAUUGUCAAACAAGUGUAUCAAGGUGUGCAUCAAAAAGCCGGGGAAGUCGCUGGACAGUUCAGAGCAAAAAUGCCUAGCUCACUGUGUCGACCGCUACGUCGAUUCAUGGAAUCUGGUUGCCAGUGCAUAUCGCGACCGGCUGGAACAUUCGUGA